UAACCGUAACUGUUCCGCGGAAGUAUUUGUUUAUUUUGUCCGCCAUCUUUAUUGGCGACUUGGCAUUGUUGGCGCAGCCUUGUGCACACUAAAAUUCACUUUUACCAAGCAAUCUUGAAAAUUUUAGUAGUAAUUCUAGAAGAAGGCAGAGGAACUUGCUUUUUUAAAACAAAUGUCUUGAUAUGUUUCAGUGAAGAUCUGUUAUUCUUGAUGCAUUAUUAAAAAGUUUGCACUUAAAAGCUUUAUGUGAAAAAAGUUUCCACCAUAUCAUAUGUUGAAUUUCAAGAUUGUGUUGCCACGAACCUAAUGCUGCGCUAAUGAAAAAAGCUGAUAAAUCAUCACAUGUUUCUGAAUAUAAGUGACAACAAUAAGAAAAACUUGACUUUUCAAAGACUCACUAUCCCAACUUACAGCAUACAACAUAUCUUGAUGGAAACGAGAACUAUGAAAUAUGAAAUUUCCCAAUACAUAUGUUUAGAAAAUUUUAAUCAUACCAUACUUUUUAUUACUUAUUAGUGCAUAUUUGUGAGUAUUGUCACUUGCAUACAAAUAAGAGGAGUUUUAUUCUUAUGACCCAUGUUAUAAAACAUUCUUCCAAAAAUUACAUUCAGAGUUUACCCUUUUGACUCACCAAAUGAAGAAACUUCAUUUUUGCCAUAUAUGAUAAAUAGCAUUUAAAUUGCAUUCACCGUGAAAAUUUUACUGUCAAACUUUAAUUAAAGAGAAGGCUCGUUCUCGAGACAUGCAGAUAGAAGUACUUUAAAACCACAAUUUGCCCUUUCACUUCAUAAUGGAGAAACCAUAUGCUUGCAAAUUUUGUGAUAUUUUCCCGGUUUCCCAAUUUAAAGAAACGUUUAGUGCUGAUGCAUACUAAAGAGAAACCGUAUUUAUGUGACAUUUUUUGUAAAGCAUUUUUUCAACAGUCUCAUUUAAAAAUUCAUUUAAUGUCGCAUAUGAAUGAGGAAUCCUACCCUUGCAACUUUUGCAACAAAGUCUUUUGUAAUAUUUCCGAUUUCAAAAGACAUUUAGGGACGCAUACACAAGAGAAACUGUUUAUAUGCGAAUUUUGCAAGAAAGCCUUUUCGCAGAACGAUCAUUUAAAAGUACAUUUACGUACGCAUACGGGUGAGAAACCGUAUACAUGUGAAUUUUGUAACAAAACCUUUUCGAAUAAAGGGAAUUUGGAAAGACAUUUAUGGGUGCAUACGGGUGAGAAACCGUAUAAAUGUGAAUCUUGUAAUAAACACUUUUCGACUAAGGGGAGUUUCAUAAAACAUAUACGGACGCAUACUGGAGAAAAACCGUAUAAAUGCGAAUCUUGUAACAAAACCUUUUUGGAUAAAGGGAAUUUGGAAAGACAUUUACGGGUGCAUACGCAGGAGAAACUGUUUACAUGCGAGUUUUGCAAGAAAACCUUUUCCCAGAACUGUCAUUUAAAAGUGCAUUUGCGUACGCAUACGGGUGAGAAACCGUAUACAUGUGAAUUUUGUAACAAAACCUUUUCGAAUAAAGGGAAUUUGGAAAGACAUUUAUGGGUGCAUACGGGUGAGAAACCGUAUAAAUGUGAAUCUUGUUAUAUACACUUUUCGACUAAGGGGAGUUUCAUAAAACAUAUACGGACGCAUACUGGAGAAAAACCGUAUAAAUGCGAAUCUUGUAACAAAACCUUUUCGGAUAAAGGGAAUUUGGAAAGACAUUUACGGGUGCAUACGCAGGAGAAACUGUUUACAUGCGAGUUUUGCAAGAAAGCCUUCUCCCAGAACGGUCAUUUAAAAGUGCAUUUGCGUACGCAUACGGGUGAGAAACCGUAUACAUGUGAAUUUUGUAGCAAAUCCUUUUCUGACCAGUGGAGUUUCAAAAAACAUUUACGUACGCAUACGGGUGAGAAACCGUAUAAAUGCGAAACUUGUAAUAAAUACUUUUCGACUAAGGGGAGUUUCAUAAAACAUUUACGGACGCAUACGGGAGAGAAGCCAUAUGCAUGUGAAAUUUGUAAUAAAUCCUUCUCGGAUAAGUAUAGUUUUAAAAGACAUUUACGUACACACACGGGAGAGAAACCGUAUCCAUGUGAAUUUUGUAACAAAACCUUUUCGAAUAAAGGAAAUUUGGAAACACAUUUACGGACGCAUACGGGAGAGAAACCAUAUACAUGCGAGUUUUGCAAGAAAGCCUUUUUCCAGAACGGUCAUUUAAAAAUGCAUUUACGUACGCAUACGGGAGAGAAAUCGUAUACCUGUGAAUUUUGUAAUAAGCCCUUUUUGGAUUACAGGAAUUUCAAAAGGCAUUUACGAACGCAUACUGGGGAGAAACCAUAUACGUGUGAAUUUUGUAACAAAUCUUUUUCGAAUAAUUGGAGUUUCAAAAGACAUUUACGUUUGCAUACGGGAGAGAAACCCUAAACAUGUAAAUUUUCCAAUAAGGUAAUUUUGUAAUAAGUUUUUAAAUAUGACAACUCAUUUACUAUCGCAUGUGAAAGAUAGGCUUCAAGGUUGGAAUUUUUGUAACAAAGCCAGUAUAGCUUCAACUUUAAAAUGACAUUUGCGAUUCUAUAUGGAAGAGAAUUCGUAUGUUUGCGAAAUUCGCAGUGAAGUGUUUUCUGAACACCGUGGAUAAAACUUGCAUUUAAUGAUCCAUUUGAAAAAAAAAUAGUGUGCAUGCGACAUUUGCAGUAAUCCAUUUAUUCAGCGUUUUGAUUUAAACAUACAUCUGCGGACGCAUUCGAAAGAGAAACCGUACACUUGUGACACUUGCAAUAAAGCACUUCUGAGCCAUGCUAAUUAAAAGAAACAUUUUUUGAUGCAUACGAAAGUGACACCGCGUGCAUGUAACAUCUGUAAAUACGCCUUUUUAAAUUUGAAAGUAUAUUUAUGAACGCAUACGAAAAAUGUGAUUUUUUUUAAUAUAAGAUAUUCUCAUUCCAUUUCAUUCAGGAAACAUUUUGCAAAGCAUAUCAUAGAAAAUGAAUCAAUUAUACGCCUCUGAUAUUCAACGCUUGCUAAUGGAUGAACUUCACCUCAUUUUAAAGAGAUAGACUUAUAAUAAGGAUUUUUUUAGCAAGUUGAUGUUUCAGAAAUGAAGUUAAUGUUUUUAAUGCAAGUUAAUGUUUUGUAUGACACAGUACCUAAUGCAUGUUCACUGUUAUAAUACUAGGCAAUUAUGAUACUUAAAUGAAUAUUCUGACUUUGCAGGGCUUUUGAAGAAAACAAAACAAAGUAAAAUCGUGUUGUUCAUCCGGAAUUACAAAUGGCAGUUGAAAACUUAAACAAUGCAGUUAUAAAUGUUCAUUAGAAGCACCUCCAAAAAUACGAACAAUACCAAGACGAUACGAUCACUCAUCCCAUACCCUUUCAGUUUCUCCAAUAUCAUGCUUUGAAAGCCUGCAGAUGUGCAUAUUUUAAAUUUAUGAACAUCAUUUGAUUGCGGGGGAACAAACACCUGCAGUUCAGUCCCAGGAAGAAAGGGGGGGGGGAGGAUCAAGUAUCGUCCUACAUACAUUUCCGCUAUCUUUCAAAGCUAUACACCGGGCAUGCAGAAAUGUGUGGAUGAGUUAUCGCACUGCUUCGAUAUCCUUCGUGUUUCCGGACGGAGUCACAUUAUAACUGUUUUUAAUUUAAAUUUUCAGUUGUUAUUUUUGAAUUCCGAUAAGUAAGAAGAAUGUUUUCUUUUAACGGACCGGCAAAUUUGGGAUUUCCUUGUAUAAUCAUCUUGUAUUCUGUGAAACAUAUAAAUGAAUAUUUAUGACUUAAAUACUUAUUUCAUGGGAAGUCAGCUGAUUAAUGUGAAUAUGUUUUAUACGCAUGCGUUAAAAAGUUUCCAAUAAAAAUUUGUAUUUUAUUGAAAACUAUUGCAAAUUAAAAUACUUUCCUUUUACUAUUGUGUGUGCUUAUAACUUGUAUAAGUUUUCUUCUGUGAUAUUUUGUACCUUCUUAAAAUUGCAUAGCUGUGAUU